UUACUGUCCUGCUCACUGUCUCUCUCUCUUACUGUCCUUCUCACUGUCUCUCUCACUUCCUCUGUCCUUCAGGCUGUCUCUCACUUCCUCUGUCCUUCUGUCUGUCUCUUUUUCUCUUACUCUGUCUUUCUCACUUUCUCUCUCACUUACUGUCUCUCUCUCUUACUGUCUUUCUCCCUGUCUCUCUCUUGUAUUUUUGCUUGUCUCUCUCUUACUGUCUUACGUGCUGUCCUCAUCUGUCUCUCCUAUACAUUUACUCUGCCAAUUUCUCUAUCUCUCUUUCUGUCUCUAUCUGUCCCUCACUGUGUGUGUGCGUGCGUGCGUGUGUGUGUGUGUGUGUGUGUGUGUGUGUCUCUGUCUCUGACUCUCUGUCUCUCUCUCAGUGUGUGUGUCUCUCUCUGUCUUUGUCUCUCUCUCUGUCUCUGUCUCUGUCUCUGUCUCUCUCUCUCUCUGUGUCUCUCUCUCUCUCUCUGUCUCUCUCUCUCUCUGUGUGUCUCUCUCUCUCUCUGUCUGUCUCUGUCUCUCUGUGUGUGUAUCUCUCUCUGUCUCUCUGUGUGUGUAUCUCUCUCUGUCUCUCUGUGUGUGUAUCUCUCUCUGUCUCUCUUUGAGCAUGUUCAACAACAAUAACCUCUUGUCUUUGGAUCUGUCCUCGGUCAAAGAACUAUUUUCCUUCCUGUCCCCUCUUUGCACUUUUGAUUAAAUUGGCCUCGGCCCUAAUCCAGAGAUGUUAUUUGGUGAAAUGCCCCUUCUAACCCUACAGUCACAGACUGCAUUCUAUUGGUCGGUUUCAACGCUCCCCAGGGGUCACUACUUACUUCUUCCCAAAGUAUUUAUUUGAACCUCCUCACUAAACAGACCUGAGUGUUUCAACGGCAGUCAAUGAUUAACCACCAGCAUCAGGACUACUCAGAUGUACUACUAAGCACCACAGCAUUCCUGCAUGCAUGCCCCCGCCGCCCAAAGCACACGAGUCGUCCCUACUAUUGACCCUAUUAAACCCCUCCUGAAUGCAGUGCUGCCAGCUGUUUAAGGUCCAAAUGUGUGUUUCUAUGGAAACGAGACUGACUUUAUCUCUAUCCCCCCCCCCCCCCCGCGGUGCAGAUCCGGGUGGUGAAUGCAUUCCGCAGCUCCGUGUCCCUCUAUGAGGGCAUGGAGAAGCCCGACCCGCGCUCCUCCAUCCAUAACUUCAUGAGCCACCCCGAGUUCACCAUCGAGGACUCGGAGACGCACAUCCCCCUGAUCGACGACACGGACGCCGAGGACGACGCGCCCACCAAGCGCAACUCGGCCAGCCCCCGCAACGCCUCGCCCGCCCCGCCCUCGCCCGGCCCCGCCCCCGGGAGCCCCGCGCCCAGCCCCGCCCCCACGCCCCCCCUCCAGGGCCCCGAGCCCCCGCCGGCCACGCCCAACCAGAACAAUAACGCCGUGGAGAGCAACAACCACCUCCACGUCGGCCUGAAGCCGCCGGCCCCCACCGCCUCGCCGCUGGCCAGCCCCGGGAGCCCCCUGCACAGCCUGGAGACCUCCCUCUGAACCCCCACCGAGGGAGGGGGCCCUCACAGCCUGGAGACCUCCCUCUGAUCCCCCCCCCAGGGAGGGGGCCCUCACAGCCUGGAGACCUCCCUCUGAACCCCCCCCAGGGAGGGGGCCCUCACAGCCUGGAGGGGGCCCUCACAGCCUGGAGGGGGGCCCUCACAGCCUGGAGGGGGCCCUCACAGCCUGG